GUGCACAUAGAACAAUGCUUCCGUCAAAUGUUCCCAAGUGUCCGAAGUCAAACUUCCAUUGGCAGGAGGACACCGGUCCCUUCGAAAGCUGUAUCCUCAAUCUGUCCAGAACCGUACACAUAAGAUAAUCAAGCAUCGACCACGCUCUUGAACCAACUUCCUCCAUCCUCCCCGAUACUACAGAACUCUAUACAUGGCUCGAUGGAUUUUGUCUCUCUCCGUUCUGUCGUGCUGUUGGAUGAUGGUUUCCGCUUCAAGCGCGCCUACCUGCUACAAUGGUAGCGAUACCCUCCAGUGGUAUAUGGACGCAAUUGGCGAGACACCAUGCGCAACAUAUCAGCGAUUGAGGCAAAUCUGCAAUGACAAUUAUACGACCCCAACAUGGGCCAUCGACACCCCUACAGAUCAGUGUGACGACCCACUGAGCACUUGCUGCUGCAACUCCAUCGCGUGGUCGAUACGGAUGCUGUGCAUCAACUGUGAAUGGGACGAGUUCGGCGUGGGCGAUCCUGGACACUCUGCAGGCGCGGGUGCCUAUUACAAUUACCGAUGGAGUACGGGGGUGCCAAAUAAUGGUAUAUAUUGCGGGGACGGUCACAACCAGACGUUGCCGGAAACCCUUCAGCAAGCGGUUUGCGACAGGGGGAUUCGGCUUGGUGACUUCUUGUACAACAUAUUCUGGCCAGAUGGUUCAUGGUAUGCCCACUCCCGUGCAUCUUUCGUGUCGUCAUAAUGGUCUAACCACCAUUCGACGAUCCAUUGAUUCAGGGACUUGUAAGUUUAAUAUCGCUGCCUGUGGUAGGAUUGACUGAUAUUCCGCUUCAUGACAGCUCCACUUUUGAAAGUUUCGCUGAGGAACUUCUGGCAUCGCACAGCAAUCAAUCUCUUGACUCAUGCACGAGUAAUUCGAGCACGGACGCUACUGCUCACAAGAAGGCUGACGCUGU